CCUGCGCCGCCGGUACCAGCUGAUGGGCCGGCGCGGGCGCGGACAGCGGGGAGGACUCGGAAACACGAGCAGGCCGCUCAGUCUGCGAGGAUGAAUGAUUGCAACUAUACUGACGAUUAAUUAGUGAAUCGAAGCGUUCCGCGUUGUGAAAACUCAAAUUCACUAACUUAUCAGCGGCCAGCUCGUGCUUUCGAAUAGUUUUCUGAGCUACUUCGUAGUCCAGUGUCAUAUUUUCUAAGGAUUUUGUCAGUUUUUUUAUCUGUGCCUGGAGCUGAUCAAUUUCACACUCAUAUUUUUUUGUUUGGUUUUCUAACGUUACGGUACAAGUAUUAAUUUCGUUCAAUAGAUGUUGCCCCGUAUUAAACAAGUGGUGGUGUGAAGUUGAUGCUUGUGGUGAGUCACAAGUGAGGUUACUCUUUGAACACAACACCUCGUGAGAUGGGGUGGCGGCAGGGACCAAGUCAGGUGGGCACAAACCACCCACUUCUGAAAUCCGCCAAGAACCUUCUGAUCGGAUCGAAGAGCAACCUGCAGUCAGUAGGGCUGAUCAUCCUGCUGCUGUCCAAGGCUGCCGGCUUCAACGCCAAGGAUUACACCAGCAAUCAUUAUGAUUCAGGAGUACUCCACGCCCAGCGCGCGCUAGCAGAGAUUGUGGAGAUGAAGCGUACAGGCCACAUGAUCCACAAGACGAUGGCCAAUCUGCAGGAGAAGGAGAAGAUCGGGGACAAGUUCAAGGACCUGCUGUAUGGGAAUAAGAUUGUCUUGUUGACAGGAGACUAUCUGCUGGCGACCUGUCUGCAGCAGCUCGGUGGUCUGCGCAACAAUGCCGUCACGGAGCUGAUCUCCACCGGGCUGCGAGACCUGGUGGAGGGGGACUUUCUGGGCGACCAUGACAAAGAGAAUAACCCUCUACCGACACAGCCUAAAGGAACAGAGUCAUCAUCUCCAUACGAUUGGGAGAGCGAAAAUAACCUUUCAAAGUUGGGGUCGAACGAGUUCCUUGGACAAGGCAAAGAGGAAUGGAAGCUUCGUACCAUGCUGACGUCUGGGAGUCUCCUGGCUAAGGGUUGCCAAGGAGCCAUGAAGCUGGCACAUCGAGGAGAGCAGGUGGAGAGAGACGCUUACAUCCUCGGAGGGCAUAUGGCGUUAAUCUGGCAACUAUACCUGGACGUAAAAGACUUCUUCACCCAUCCAUAUUCGUACUCCUUGGUCGGCGCGCCAGUCCUGUUUGCCAUAUGGGAGUACCCUUCAGUCUACGGUCACAUUUUAGAGGCGAAGCUUGAGAGGAAACAGUUUCUAGAGUACAAGCAACUGUACUACGCUGUAAGAAGCACAAGAGCUAUGGAUUAUUUAUCGAAGUUUCUGGACCAGGAAUUGGAGACGAUCCUGAAAUACAGUGACAAGUUUCCCGUGGAAGAUGCGAGGACAGCUUUGCAGAAAAUGGCGACUACUAUUCAUACUGAAGCGAUCCAGUAUAUUGAAUAAUGAGAUGGUUAUAUUUAAUUCAAAUUUUUGAACAUAGAACACCGAAAUGCUGGCUGUUUCGUCGGCCAAAGUCUGUAUGUAAAAUCGUGCCUUUGCCUUGGAUUUAAAAAGUGAGAAGAUAAAAUGG